AUGGUCUUUUCAUGUCACGCUUAACACUGUUAGUGGCCAAAGUGGAUGGAAUGUCACAUAGGGAAUAUUUUUACACCUUGUGUCAAAUAGGGAAGAAAUUCUCAUUUGGACCAAAAAGGAAGCAAAUUUUAAGAAAAGACCAAAUAAGGAAUUUUGUCCAUACGGAAUUCCAUCCUACACCCCACCUUGAUCUUUGAGACGCAUCUCCCUUUUCUCUCCGCCGCCGGGCCAGCUAUCUAGGGUUACGCCCACCAGCGCUCCCAGAGGGCAGAGGUGGUGGAGGCGACGGUGCACGCGCAUGGCCAAAGGCGACGCGCCAACGGGGGUGGUGACGGAGCUGGGGGCAGAGAAGGCAGAGGCGGAGGUGGAUGCUGGCUUCGAGUUCGCCUUCAAUAACAAGGCCUUCUCCGACAGGGUCUUGCGGAUAGAGGUCGUCGGCACUAGCUGCAAGCGCCGCCGCUAUAAGGCUAAAGAUAAUGAAGGAGAAGGUAUUGACUCUUCUUGUGUUGUAAUGGGUACGCCAGGUUUACGAGUCAAGACCAUACAUGUCAGUUCAGUGAUCCUCGCCGCAAGAAGUUCUUUCUUUUUUAAGCUUUUCUCAAAUGGCGUGAAAAAAUCUGGUCAAAGACAGACAAAAAUUAGAAUUGCUGAUUCAGAGGAAAAUGCCUUUAUGGAGCUUUUAAAGUUUAUGUACAAUGGAAGGUUGACACCAACAACUGAGUCCACUCUUCUGGUUGAUAUCUUGAUGGCUGCUGACAAAUUUGAUGUCGUUUCGUGCAUCAAGCUUUGCAGUCAGCGGCUCAUAGGCCAGCCUAUGACCCUUGAAUCCGCAGUGAGGUGCCUAGAUAUCCCAUGUUCCAUUUCAAUGGCAGCUGACCUAUCAGAGGCAGCCAAGAAAUUCCUUUCUAAAAGAUACGAGAAAUUCCUGUCAACAAAGAUGAAUUGAUGAAGAUUCCUCUCGCUGGGAUUGUAGCCAUCUUAUCAAGGAAUCACCCUGGGGUUGCAUCUGAAGAAUCCGUCUAUGACUUCGUUCUAAGGUGGGCCCAUUUGCAGUACCCAAAUUCAGAAGAAAGGCA